AUGAUUCGACGCGACAGCGAUAUUCAGUAGGCCGCAAAUCGGGUCGGUGCGGAGCCUUUGCACCGUUGGUCGGGAUUCCCCUGGAAAAUACGUCGAUGACCGGAAGAAUAUCGCAUAAAAAAGGACCAUGGUAGAAACAUUAAUUAUUUUUAUGCUUCGUGGGUAUGGUGACAAACCGCACGAUCGGCUAUAUGGGCGUUGGUACGACACUACGAGGAGGAGAUUUCAGCGCAAAAAGUAAUUACAAACAAUUUACAAAAACGCUUACAAGAAGACGAGAAAAACCUGAAAACUUCCGCUAUUCAUUAUCGCAUCAAGGAAAAUAAAUAUACGCAGUUGAAAUGCGAAUUCAGAAAGCAAUUUGAUAUGAACACUUCCAUGUCAAGUGAACUGCAGUCUCUCAAGGAUGAGAAACUCAAGAUUUCCAUGAAAGUGGACGAUCUGAAAUCGCAACUGAACGACUACAUUCAGUCCUGCGAAGUUCUGAAAGACAUGAACAGUGAACUUACGCAGAAAGUCGAAGACAUGUCGGUGGAGCUGAAGGAGGAAAAAAGGCACAACUGGUUACGGAACACUAAACACUUCGCUCUGUUGUCUUUGUCGGCUUUAAAGAAAAUUGCUCAGGUGGUGAUACCGGUCUAUUUGGAUGGGCCUGGCCGUUUCUAACGAUUUAUUUUGCAAUCUCAACCCACUGUGUUCUAUGGCAAAGCGAUAGGCAACCAGCGAUACAAUCAUCAAAUAACACCGGCAGUGGUUUGACGCUCUAAAAUUGGGGUUCAAGACAUGAAAUUGGACCAUUAAAAUUUGGCGCAAAAUAAAGGACUUUUAGGACUG